AUGAGUUGGAUGGACUCAUGGUCCCGCCCUGGGAAACAUGCCGCUGUUCCGCCACCCCUAUAUCUCACUCAAGGAGACCAGGUAGCGUAUUGUCGGACUUGUGGGAGAGUCAUUAACUCUCGCAAAACGCACCGACAAGACCAGACGAACCCGGUGAGGUAUUGUUCCGACCGGUGUCGUCACCGAAAGCCAGGAGCUUUUGAAAGGAAGAUCGAAAAGACCAUCGUCGAUCUCCUGAAUGCUGCGCCUGAAAGCGGUCUCCACAAAACCCAUGCUGCAUCGAAACUAGUCAAGGGUGAUAGACGGAUAAUUGUGACAUGUGAUGAGAUCGAGGAAAUUGUUUUCGGAAGUCGGCAUGACCCGACAAAGACCUUUGGUCGCAAGAAGAAUCGAGCAAGCCGUGCGCUCGGGCAGGAAAAUGGGGAAUGGAAGUCAGUAGAUAUGGUCGACAGCGAUAACUCUAUGUCUGAUCAUGCUGAGCAAUCAUCGGCAGGGUCUGGACUUCAGGGGGUGGCCAGGAUUCGACCUCCUCAGAUAGAAUCUGAUGUGAACGGUGGUGUUGGUGGUGAGAAAGGCUGGGCGGAACAUCAUAUCGAAACCCCCGAGGAGCUUGCAAAAAGACAGGAGGGCCAGCGAAGGGCGGAAGAGAGGGAAAUGAUCCGACGUGCGGCGAGAAGGUUGAUUGUAUUCGGCCACAACACUGAGGCAGAUCCCAACGGUGCAUCCAAAGACGAAUCCGAGGCUCAUGGUCGUUCCAAGAAGAAAAAUCUGAACGACAAAUCAGCCAUAAAGGCGGAUUCAGAACGAAAGUGUGAAGCUUUGAUGAAUGGCGCUGUUGUCGAGCCUAGCUUCGCCAAAGGCAACUGGGCCAUUAGAUGGAGAGAACGAGUCUGA